CGUACCUUUUCCUGUAACUUGCUCACCUUAUCUUGGUAUGCCAUUAUCGCCGAAGAUGCACCCGGCUCUUACCAAUACCUUCCCAGACCUAUAAGCCGCGCUAAAUAAUCGUUUAGCUCUCAACUGCCAUACAUCACCCUUCACAGUUUCAAUGCUCAACGCCCAGAGGGUCUCAUGGUGUUUCAACCGCACCAUGUCGGUUUCCCCGGUGUACUCAAACGUCACCUGGCCGACCAACGCAAACCCAUCGCCAUACGAAAUUAUGAACAUCCCUCGCACCGACUUUAACAAGAUAACGCUCAAAAAAAACUAUGUACGCUUUGCAAAGCUCUACCACCCUGACCUUUCACGCGCGCGGGAGAUCCAGCACCACACGGGGAGGGUGCUCGACCAGAGGACGAAGGAUGAGCGGUUCAAGAUCAUCACCAAUGCGUAUCACCUCUUGCGCGACGAGCGGAAAAAGCGACAGUACGAUCUAUAUUCUAUCGGCUGGGCCGAAGCUUCAUAUCAGACACGGCCUCAUAGCACAGCUGGCUAUUCAAAAGCACAGGACGCAAAGUACUGGAACGCGGGUAACUGGGACGACUACCGCAAGGCGGAGGGGCCGCGCGUGGAUCCCGCGGCAGCCAGAGCCGAAAACAUGAAGAUGGUGUAUCUUUUGCUAGCAGCCGCUCUCGUGAGCUGCGCGGCGCAGAUCCUCGUGGCGCAACGCGACGUCGAAGACGCACUGCGCUUGGCAUGGGAAAUGGAGAAGUUUGCGCGUUCGGAUCUCCGUGAGGCACGCGACAACUACGGCUAUGGCUUGGAGCGGGACGAGCGAAUCAGUCGUUUCUUGGGGCAUAGGCGAUUUAACAACCAUGGAAACCGGACUUCCGCGUUGAUGGAAGCUGAGACUGAGGACUUGAAGGUUUUAGAUGAACUCAAAAUGUGAUGCUUUUCGUCAUGCAGUAUUCCGUUUAUGAUUGC